GGCAGUCGGAGGUCGGUUCCCGAGCGGGGUGGUUGUGCCGCGGUGAGCUUUGUGCCUCUGUAUCGAUCCAGAGAAGGUCGACGUCGACGGUGUGUCGUUAGCGACGAGUCGGAUUGUCGGACGGCGGAGUUGUAUGACCGGGAAACGGACGCGGAGUUUCAAGUGUGCCGUCCACCACCGCGACCGCGAGGUGCGCAGCGAGAACGACUUCCAUCUGAUCACCAAGCCCAUCUCACCGUUCCAGAGGAUGGUGAAAAUGGUGGCGGACGAGUAUUUGACGGACGAGCGGGACCGCAAGUACUACGCCGACCACUACCGCUGCUGCCCGCCGCCGCUGUUCAUCAUAUCGGUCACCCUGCUGGAGCUGGGUUUCUUCAUCUACUACACGGUGACGGGCGCGGAGGACGUGGCCGAGCACGGCGGCGUGCCUACGUCCGUGUCGCCGGUGCCGAUCGAUUCUGUGCUGCUGUACCGGCCCGACCGGCGCUGGCAACUCUGGCGCUUCUUCACCUAUAUGGUGCUACACGCCAGCUGGUGGCACCUGAUCUUCAACCUGCUGGUGCAGCUGGUGGUCGGCCUGCCGCUGGAGAUGGUCCACGGCUCCUGCCGCGUGCUGACCGUCUACAUGGCCGGCGUCCUGGCGGGCAGUCUGGGAACCUCUGUUUGCGACGCCGGCCGCCAGGUGUACCUGGUCGGCGCCUCCGGGGGAGUGUACGCCCUGCUGGCUGCUCAUAUCGCCAACGUGCUCCUGAACUACCACAACAUGGAGUUCGGCAUCUUCCGCCUUCUGAUCGUGUUUCUGAUCGCGAGCUUUGACGUCGGUUUCGCCAUCUACCACCGUUUCUCGCCUCUGCCGGCUGUGGAGCCGGCCGUCAGCUACGUGGCCCACCUGGCGGGCGCCGCGGCCGGCCUCACCCUGGGCCUGGUGGUGCUGAAGAACUUCCAGCAGAAGCUGCACGAGCAGCUGGUCUGGUGGCUGGCGCUGGGCACCUACCUGGCCUGCACCAUGUUCGCCGUCAUCUUCAACAUCAUGCACACGCCGCUGGACGAGCGGAUCGUGUGAGGGGGCGUGGGGAGGGGCGGGGAGGGGAGUCGCUGUGAUAUGUGUAUCGGCACUGGACGGGGGAGGGGAGGGGAGGGGCGACCAAGUCAGAUCGGUUGUGAUGUAAGGUGGCGAGCGCCGCGGAGGGAGGGGAGGGUGCGUCGGGUUCGUCCCGGCCGCCCCAGGUGCGCCAGAAUCGGCAAUAUCUGAGCCGUGUCCAUGUACCAAAGAGGAAAUAUUUGGGUCUGUGUUAUUGUGUAGUAGACAAUCCUUUAGGCACAUUUCUGUAUCGGUGUGAGCCCGGCGCGAGUGUAGGUGUGACGAGGUGAACAGGCGUGAAUCUGUGUGACCGUUCAGUGUUCCGUGACGUCACGUUUAUACGUGUGACGUCACUCUGCCGUCAUACCGUCCACGACCCAUUCCCGGCGCCGGCGCAGCAGUUCCCUCGGCGGCCGCCAGGGGCGCUGUCUGUCGCGCCCGCUGCAUUUACGCCUCGGGCCGAUAACUCGUGCGAGAGGUGACGUCACCUAUCCAGUGACGUCACCGUGCUUAUGUAUAACGUCAUCUGCCAGUGCCCGUCCGCGAUUGUUCCGUUUAUUAACAUUUUUGGUGGAGUUCUGCGCUCGCGCAAUAGUUCCAUCGCUUCCGUCUUGGAGGCCUUUUCUAGUCAGCACGAGGGCCCUGCGCAGAGGCUAGUCGCCACUCACUCAACCAAUAAGCCUUACAGCGUCCGCCUCUGCGCGGGGUCCGGGUGUGCACACUGUAUACCGGGCGCGACUGUAUACUCGGUGUGUUGGGGAGGCGGCCGCGGCCCCGGCCCCGCCGGGACCAGCUGACAUAUCCGGGGCGGCGCGGGUCCCCCAGUGACGUCAGAUGACGUCACUAGGGGCACGGCGGCCCGCACACCUUCCAGUGAGCGCCUGUACUAAGUGUGUGUUGAUGCUGAGAAUAUAUAGUGGAUGCAC